AUGACGAUUAUAUUACCAGUAAUAAGUUAUUAUGUAGACGAGGUUAUUUUGGAUUAUCUAUUGAACAGUAUCCAAUCUGAACUUUUCACUGAUAUUAACAGUGUGAACUCUGACCUCAACCAAAAUAAUAACAUCGACAACAACAACAAUAAGACUGUCAACGAUGAAAUUGACGAAUUUAAGGAGAUUGAGAAUUGGGCGGAGGAGCCGUGGUCCAACUGUAUAGAUGUUGAUGUUCCACAAUGGGCCAAGAUUGAAGGUCCAGUAUUUGAAGAGGAUAAUUUGAAGGAUUUUGUGUGGGCAGACGACCCGCGGGUACAGACCUCUCUCGAUGGCAUCCCUCCAUGGAUGUUGCUUCCGGGGGUCGAUUUUGAUUUGGAUGCUUUUCCUUGGAAAACUGAAGUGGACAUGAAAGACGAUAAUAUUGAAGAUCUGAUCGAGUCAACCACAACCAUCAUUAACUGGUCCGAUGAAUUUUAUUUUCAAGCACCUCUUGAUGUUCCCAAUUGGGCUCUCUUACCAGGGAUAGAUUAUCCAAGGCAAACUAAAAAUAGUCCGUACUGGCAGUACAAAUUAAACAAUUAUCAUAAAAUAAAAGAUAAUUUUAGACAAAAAGUCUUCAAAGAACAGUUUAGAUGUAUAGCAGAGGAAAUAUUUAUGUAG